AUGAGUAAUUCUUUUCGACUUUCAUUACUAUUCGUAUACAUUAUCUUUAAUAAUAUUAAUGACAUACGAAUAAUUCCACAAGGCUAUCUAUUAGGAGCAACAUUUGAACUUGGAACAACAUCAAACAAAGUAUAUAAAAUUGAUCCAAUAACUGGGGUGUUUACGCUAUUCACUAGCUUGGAUGGUUAUAACCCUGAUGAUGCUACGUAUGAUCUUAUUAAUAAAAUAUUCUACAUUUUUGUUAGUGGAUCAGCGGUAAGACGAGAAUCAUCGAUGUCAUUGAUUUUAGUUAAUCCAUUCAAUGGUACAAAACAAUACCGAGAUAUUAUCACAGAAGACGAUGCUGAAUUAUAUGGUUUACGUGUAGAUAGUAGUACAGGUAAAUUAUAUUCAUUACAAAUGUCAAGUGCAGGAGAAGAUCCUGUAAGUAUUGUCCAGAUAGAUCCGUUUAAUUUUAUAGCUACACGAUGGGUAAAUAUUACCGAAGUCAGUGGUAUAUCACCUGAUUCGAUGGCAAUCUUUUAUAAUGCAACAAAUCAUCAAUAUUUUGUAACGGUAGUAUCUGGUGAUAACGAAACUCUUGUUGGUAUUGAUUUAAUAAAACAAAAAAUAAUAAGUCGUAUUUCAAAUUCUGAUUUACCAUCAUUUUUAUGUUAUGAUAAUAAAACAGAUGCUUUUUAUGGUAUGCAACGUUUUACAGGCAAACGUGGCUGUCGUUUGAUACGUUUAAAUCCGUAUAAUGGUACAUUAGACAUCUUAUCAGAUGAUUUUAAUGAUUAUGAACCAUCGACUGGAAAUUGUUAUGAAGGAUAUUAUUUUACAAUGAUUAUUCUUAAUUCAGAAACACAACAAAUACUAACAUUUGAUUUAAAUAAUAAUGGAAAAUUAAUAUCGAAUAAACCCGGAGAAGAAUAUUUAUCUUCAUUAGCGUUUAUUCCAAUCUAG